AGGCUCCAGGCUCUGAGCGGUCGGCACAGAGCCCAAUGCAGGGCUCAAACUCACGACCUGUGCGAUCAUGGCCUGAGCUGAAGUCGGUUGCCCAACCGACUAAGCCACCCAGGGACCCCGUAUCAGCCAAGUUUUUAGGGAGACACCAAGGAAUCUUGUUACAUCUGUCUUGGCUUAACCUUCCAGGUCAUAGGAGGGAUCGGAAGUCCUAUCAAUCUUACUCAUAAGUUACAGCUCUUUCCCCCACAUUUAUCAAAAUGCCCAUGUCAUUUAAGGAGUACCCAUAACACCUCAUGACUUAGGUACACGCACUUUCUUGUUCUAGCAAUCUGCAGCUGUUCCUACGGAAGCUGAUGGAUGUUUUGUGCUUUGGCAAUAUCUCAGCCCUAGGCCUGCUCCCCUGAGGCUGCUAGAAGGCUAUGCUCUGCAGAUGAUCCCAGUCACCUACUGGGCAGAAAGCCUGUAAUUCCAGGAUUGCUGUAAUAUGUCACCACCAUCAAGCAAUCCCACUGAUUUAGGACCCCUGCUAAGAACUCAUUCACAUUUUGAAAAACAAAACCACCUAUACUCAUUCAUUCUAUUCACCCAUAGUUCAAGUAAGUCCCACAUCAGUCUUGAUUGCCCUUCCCCUGGGAAAAGGCAGGUAGGCCAGACUUUGAACUUGCCACAGCUGGGUCCAUUCUUCUAGUGGGAUGAUCCGGAGCAGAUAACUGGAUGAGAGUCCAUCUGUACAAAAGGGGGAUCUGGGGCCACUGUUAGAUCACAUAUGCUGAAGCAACUUCCCAAAGAAGGGAGCUAAGGGCCUUAUCCAAUUGCCUGCAACAUGAUAGACUGGUACUUCUUUCCUAGACAAGUCUGAAAAGGGGUCAACACUAUUUCUGAAGACCUCACUAUUAGAAUUUUAUUUUGAUUACGGUGACCUCACUAAGCUAUUUUGGAAUCAAAAUGUGGCUAGGUGCCUGGUUUCCCUCAGUGGCUUCACGUGGCUUUCAAAGGGAAGGAGAGGGUGGUGCUUUUGGUAAAAUGGGUAAUAGCGUCCAAGCCAGUAACAUAAUCACUCAAAGUCCAAAUGAGGGAUCAGUAAAUACAACGUGCCUGAAAGGCAGGCCUUGAGCACAUUCCUCUGGUAGACAUUAACUUAUUACAUCGACCGUGGUUGCAAAUAUAAACUUUGCCCCCAUCUCACCUGGCAACCAUAAAAGUGGUGAAUUUCAGUCUAUAAAAGGAAGUGGGAACUGCCCCCGGAUUUCAGGCUCCAACAGCCUCCCUCUGUCAAGAUGUGGCAUCUCAAACUCUUUGCGGCGCUCAUGAUCUGCUUGCUGCUGUUGGACCAGGUAGAUGGCUCCCCCAUGCUGGAACCGAGUUCAACAAAGAGAAGGCCACGGAGAAUGACUCCAUUUUGGAGAGGGGUUUCCCUCAGGCCCAUCGGAUCCUCUUGCAGAGACGAUUCUGAGUGUAUCACGAGGCUGUGCAGAAAAAGACGCUGUUCCCUAAGUGUGGCCCAGGAAUGACGUACACACCGGGGGAAAAGAGGACAGCAUUCACCUACACAAUGCUCCAUUCUAUGGAAUAUUGAUGAACUGCAUUUUGGCUGGAGACACUUAAGUGAAGCAGUUUUGUGUUUUUAAUAUUUAAAGACAGAUAUAUGCUUUAAACUGGUCUCCGUUUCUUCUUAGAAUGAUAUGUAGAUAAGCUUAACUAAACUUGUCAAUUUAGAGUUUAUUUUUCUAUGUAUACUAUUAAACGUCUCAAACU